ACCUCCAGGAAUCCACGAAGACAAAGCCUGUUCAUUCAUUCUUUCCUAGCAGCAGAGCAAAGAAGUUAGUGGCUGGCAUUCAACUUGGAAAAUGAAGUUAUUAGCUGCUUGUUUCCUUUUAACUUUGAGCGGCACAUUUGCUGCUGACUCUGUGAUGGUGACCAAGAAAGUAUUCUUUGAUGUUACGAUUGGUGAUCAAAAAUCAGGUCGUAUUGUCAUUGGUUUGUUUGGAGAAGUUGUCCCAAAGACAGUGAAAAAUUUUUAUGCUUUGUGCACUCACGAGAAAGGAUUUGGCUUUAAGGGAAGUAAAUUUCAUCGUGUUAUUAAUCAAUUUAUGAUGCAAGGAGGUGAUUUCACCAAUGGUGAUGGCACAGGUGGAAAAAGCAUAUAUGGUGAAAGAUUUCCUGACGAAAACUUUAAAUUGGAGCAUUACGGUCCAGGAUGGCUAUCCAUGGCAAAUGCAGGGGCUGACACAAAUGGCUCACAAUUUUUUAUCACGUUUAUAAAAACAACUUGGUUAGAUGGCCGUCAUGUUGUUUUUGGCAAAGUUAUUGAAGGAAUGGAUGUUGUGCGUGCUGUAGAAAAAGUGAAGACGAACGAUCGUGAUCAACCAACCAAAGACGUAGUGAUAGCUGAUUGUGGAGCUUUAGAAGUUGAAAAGCCAUUCGCAAUCAAAAAAGAAUAGAUUUUUAUUCAAUUUGUAUCCCAUUUUUAUCGUUUUCAUAUUUUUACUAACUCGUAAA